UACUCAGAAACGCGGCUGCUCUGGUAUCCUCGGCCAAACGGCGCAUCAUCUCUCACCAAAAACUAUGGGCGCAUCAUCUUACCUAGCCUUCUGAGCCGGGCAAGUUCGUCUCUAAGCUUCUGGAGCUGCGCCGACUCACCUUGGGCUCCCUCCAUCCCACAUCCCGCAUCACAUCGCCUUCUUACCAUAUCCAUGGACCAGGGUGGAAUCACCCCAACCUAGCUUGAAUAAAUACACUCAGCCACCCACAUACCUUCCUUCCACAGCCUCCGACAACCAUGUCUUCCACAUACGCCGUCUUGCCGUCAUCGCUUGUCAACAACAGAGGCUCGGUCCGAACGCACGAGUCUCGAAACUUUCUCCCGGCCGCCAGCAACCCACACCAGAUGCAGGCGUCGACUCCCGUGAACUCAAAUCAUCUGUCCCCGUAUACCUCAUCCCCCGGCCGCUGCGAUUCGGCGUCUCCCACCCUGAACAUAGACACCCCAGCCGACUCCGUAUCUGCAUCGAGCGUCCACUACCAAUCCAGCGAUUUCAGUGAAGUGUGUGAUGACCCCUUCUUCGGCGUCGACUUUAACGCGCACGAGUGCAACUCCCCCUCUUUCCUCGGGCCCUUUGCGCCGCCCGACCAGGACGAGCAGCUUGCCAGCACGCUGUCUUACUCGACACCGGAACAGGCUCAUGGAAUACAGAAGGUGGGGUCUUAUCAUCCAAUAAGUCCCGAUCAGACACCGUUCCAAUACAACAACAGGUCGCCAGACGGUGAACGGAAGGGAGCCGCCAUUGCCUAUCCUGCGCAGCUACCGCAAUCCGUCUCGCCACAAGAGCUGACGAAACAAUUCCAACCCCUCGCCGUCUCCGGAGAUUUUAGCCAGUUUACAUAUCAGUUAACGCCGGAGACCAGUGACGACGGCGUAGCUCCUGCCCCUCCUGCUAUGUCUUGCCCGAGCCCUCGUGUGACGGUUUCGAUAUGGGGUAACGAUAAUGACGAGCCCGAGCCCACCGUGACUGCGGCGGGGGGCCCGGCUGCCCUACCCAGCAGCGUCACCGCAGGCCAUGUCGACUGCCAGCCUGGAGACUCGGAGGCCGCCACGGCAGGGUCUCCCCCGGCGCGAGAUAACGAGGGGCAGUGGCUUCCAAACGGAACUGCGAGCCACCAUGGCCUUGACCCAGACAACCGCCCAUCCACGGACGUCGCGAGCAGUGUGAACGACCUUGCGGCUCAGCGGAAAGUCGAAGGGAAAAACCAGGAAGUCCGUGACUGGUUGACGGACAGCCUUCACAGCCUUAAUCCGUCCCCGCCUGUCGAAGAGACUGUGCCUCGGGUGGCAGACUCUGACGAGCAAGACGACAACGUUUCUCCGCGGGAGAUUCCGCUGGGCAGUGAGACCGAGAACAAGCUGGUUCCUGGCCAGACCUAUUUCCCGGAAUCAGGCGGAGCUGAACUCACUGCUGAGGACAUCAACAUCAUGCGCGAAAAUCGCAAUUGGGCAGACGGUCCCGUCCUUCACCGGAUCCAAGGAGACGGCACCAAGUACCAGCCAGAAACGGCACAAGCAGCCAUGGAGAGGUUCGAAAGGUUGUGCAGGGAUAACGACUCGGUCGUCUCGAGGGCUGCAACCUGGGGUACCAGACGCCGCAGUCUUCCGAGCGUACUCGACGUCGAGGGUGUUACCAGUGGCAGCUUCCUCAAAAAACUUUCCAUCAGUCGGGGCGAGAAUCGCCGCCCGAGUAUUUUUGACGGGGUUCGUGGUCUCCUCAAGAAACCGAGCACCUCUUUCAAGCGGGCCCGCAAUUCAGAGGACGAGUCUAGCGAACCUCCCGUGGAACUCAAAGAGUCCCGAGAUAGCCUGGUUCCUCCCCCUACACUGAGCGGCGGCUUCAAGAAGAAGCAGUCCGUUCCAAGCAUUAAUACAGCACUCGUGUCGGUGACCCAUAGCGCAGCAGCGGUUGGCACCACCCAUGUGCGGAGCGGCUCGAUCAGCACGGGGGCCAUCACUUCGCCAAAGAGUCCAAAUGCAUUGUCUCUUGGGGUCAAGGCCAUGAUGCGUCGCCCGAGGAGUGGCUCAGAACUAGCCGAUAUGUGGAAGAAAGCGGGCGGUCCGCCGGUUGCGAAUCUGGCAAAGCCGGCAACCACCGCCGACCAAGACGAGGACGAGGACGAUGACGAUGACAUAUACGAGGAAGCGGACAUGGCCCAUGAAACCGACAAGAUGAUUGAUGAUAUCAAUCCCACCCUGGCCGGGUUCCGGGACCACGUUUUAAGAUUGAGUCCGGGGUUGGCUAACACAAACACCUACCUCGUCGAUCGGAUCGCACAUCAACAGCUUGUUCGAUAUAAGAACCUCCUGAGUGCCAGGGUCAGGCACUUGAACUUCCUAUCGACUGGAAGCUGUCCCUGCGGCAGCAUGUGCAUUGCGCAGGGAGGCUCGGCUAAUAGUCUAGACUCCAAAGGCGAUGGACGGCUUCCCGAUCCACUAUCGGCAAAAUAUGAUGGCUCGGACGAAAACAUGACUCCGCGUGAAGGGGCUCUCAGCCCGGAGAGCUUCCCGCAAGAUAUUCCGAUGCCGCCGACCAGCUCACUGCCGUCCGAAUUCGAGUGCCAGCUCUGCUUCCAGGCCAAGAAGUUUCAGAAGCCUUCUGACUGGACGAAGCAUGUCCACGAGGAUGUUCAGCCUUUUACCUGCACUUGGGACCGUUGCAAAGACCCCAAGAUCUUCAAGCGCAAGGCCGACUGGGUCCGCCACGAAAACGAGGGUCAUCGCCACCUCGAGUGGUGGACGUGCGAUGUCGACGACUGCCGCCACGUCUGCUACCGGCGAGAUAACUUCCUCCAACACCUGGUCCGGGAGCAUAAAUUUGCGGAACCCAAGGUCAAGACCAAGGCGGCGCUCAAGCGGGCGGCAGCGGUCGACCCUACCUGGCAGAUGGUUGAGAAGUGCCACCACGAAACGCCGAAGCGACCCCAAGAGGAGCCCUGCCGGUUUUGCGGCAGGACAUUCCCGACAUGGAAGAAGCUGACGGUUCACCUGGCCAAGCACAUGGAGCAGAUGAGCCUCCCAAUUCUACGCCUCGUCGCCCGGAAGGAGCUGGAUAUGGACACGAUUAUCAGUCCCGUUCAGGAUCCUCCGCCACGUUCAUUCCCGGCCGAGCGCGAACCGGUCGUGUUCAACCAGCCAUCGACUAUGAGCCAUGCACCAACGCCGAGCUGUCCGCCAAGCACUAUACCUUAUCAUAACUCCCAGCACCAGGCCUAUGCCUUCAACAACCAGUUCGGUCAACCACCACCAUUCUACAAUCAUAACCAAUUCGAGAGUCUCGGUCACAGCCUCGAAUCGACUUCCCUAGGCAUUCAGGUCAACCACGGGUUCAGCAGCACCGGUGUCCAUGGGUAUAACAAUAUGCCAGUGACAGCCGAUACGUGCAUACCGCCCCAGGACCCGUACAGCUCUGUGGGCCCCCUUGUCGAACCUUUUCCGGCUUUAUCAAUGAAUGCCCUGGGCCUCCAGGGUCUCCAGGGUCUCCCGGACACCCCUGGGAACCAAGUGCCUUAUGGUAACUUGAUUGGUCACUCCGGUGUUGGUGUUGGUGCUGAGCAGUACGCAUCCCGAGGAACAGUCUCUCCGUUCACCCCUUCACCAAAUCAGAGGCAGGGAGGCUUCUACGGCCACGGCCAGUAAUUACUUCUACAUCCUCAUUCUCGCCACCUCCCACCAUCUUAAAAUCUUCUGCGUCUUCUACCGUUCAGAUACCCCUUAUACCUUGGCUUCGAGCUUUCUGCUUUGGGCCCG